GAUGCGACUCGUUAACCGACAGAGCACGUAUAACUGUAUAAUAUUACUUACUAAUGUAGGUAUACAUAUUUUUGUUUAAUUAUAUAUACAUAUACUCUUGCGCAAACGGAAAGUAAAUGUGAGUAUUUUUCGGUUGAUUUUUCGUACAUAAUUGCGCGUUACUUUUGCACGUGAUAAGAGAUUGGUGCAGUGAAGUUGUGGUUUUACCGAUCAAUCGGAUAUUUUGGUUUGGAAAAAAAAAGAAAAAAAAAAAUUUCAAUCAGCGGUUUUAAGAUCCCAUGGAAAACACGCAGUGGAAAGUAUUCAUUUGUUUUUAUAACUCUGAUUCAAGCGCAUUUCCUGCGAAAGAGUUAAGAUUGAUUAAGGUUAAUUCGUCCGCGAACGCGAAAGAUAAUAGAAAUUUGUUCAUCGUCCGAUUACAGUGUUGUAUUAAAUAUUGUUGUUGUAACGAUGACUGCAUCAAUCUACAAUAAAACUAUGAUUUUAACUAAACAAAAAUAAUAUACAAUUAACUAUAUGUAACGGCUGAUUGGCCUAAUAAUAAGUUUUCGACAUCGCACGCAAGCCAGCCGUAGCUGCCAGGUGGUAAAAGACAACCACCUUCAUAUAUGUAUACAUAUAAACAAAUAGUAUUAUCUUCAUCCGUACGCGGAAAUAAUUGACGAGUGCGGUUUCAUGUAGAGAAAAAAAAAAUUAUGUGUCCUUGUUUCCUGAAAAAAACUGUGCAACGUAUCAUAAGUUUGCUUCAAGAACAUGUACAGACGCUCGCUAAUAAAUAUAUAGUAUAACGUGUGAUUAAAGAGACAGAGAGAGAGAGAGAAAAAUAUUGUCGCGUUUGAUGCGGACAAGGAGAAAAACAUCAAGUCAUGGAUUCCAGCAGAGCAAACAGUCGACCGAAUCCGCGAGAAAAAGCGAGUGCCAUUUCAGUUCUGCUUUGGUGGUGGACAGUUGGUACAUUUAAAAAAGGCUAUACUAAAAUCUUAGCAAUCGAUGACUUGUAUGACCCGUUAAAAAAAGACAGAUCGACCCUGUUAGGUGAUCGAUUAGAAAAACAAUGGAACGCCCAACUAAAAAAUGCGGAAAAAUUAAAGAGGAAGCCCAAUUUGUUGAAAACAAUGUUUCUUACAUUUCGCAUGGAAAUUUUGUGCAUGGGAGUCCUCCAUAUUAUUAUCGAGUUUAUAUUCAGAUUAGCAUCGCCAUUACUGCUGGGAUUGUUACUUCAGUAUUUCAAGAUUGAAACGACAACAACUUACGAGCAAGCUUUUCUUUACGCUGGCGCUAUGUCAGUCAAUAAUCUCCUAUCGAUAAUAUCGUCAAACCAUCUGCUUUUUCAGGCCUAUUACCUUGGUGGUAGAGUUCGUGUAUCAGUGUGCUCGUUGGUCUAUCGAAAAGCGUUACGAUUAAGCAAAACUGCGCUAGGUGAAACGGCACCUGGGAAAAUCGUCAAUCUUGUGGCCAAUGACGUGAACCGAUUCGAUUUGGUCAUGAUUUUUCUACACCACAUGUGGACUGGGCCAUUGACAACCCUCAUUGUAGCCUACAUAUUAUACAGAGAAGCGCACGUUUCCGCCUUAAUUGGUAUCUCCGUACUGAUGACUAUAAUUCCUAUCCAAGUAUACUUUGGUAAACUGACUUCCAAAUUUCGUCUACAAACAGCCAUUAAAACAGAUGAGCGCGUCCGUUUGAUGGACGAAAUAAUAUCAGGCGUGCAGGUAAUAAAAAUGUACGCUUGGGAGAAGCCGUUCUGUACCCUAGUGGAACUGGCUCGCAGACUCGAGCUAAGGAUUGUGCGCAAAACAUCGUUUCUCCGGGGAAUUUUUAUGACAUUUUUUUUGUUCACUACACGAGCAGCAUUGUACUGUACCCUCGUUUCAAUGUUUCACUACGGCGAGCCUCUGACUGCUGACAAAAUUUUCGUGUUUGCUUCGUUCUAUGAUUUAGUGGCUAAUUCGAUGACGUUGUUGUUCGCCAGAGGUUUUGCCGAAAUAGCUGAGUGCAGGGUGUCUGUAAACAGGAUACAGACCUUUAUGCUUCUAGAAGAGUUUAAAACAGGAAACGUAACGAAAAUUAACGACACAACUGAUACAGAAAAGAGUCAUAAUCUGGUUAUCAAAGACAUGGAGAACAAAGUGGUACUGGAAAACGCUGCCAAUGGAAAGUACGGAAGUGUACCAGAGAUUGAAUUAGUUGUGGACAGAUAAGUAUAAUCAUAUAUUUAUGAGUACAGUAACACGAUCGGAAACAAUCGACAAACCUGGUCUGUGUCAAUGGAAAACGUAACAGCUAAGUGGAACCCUGAAUCGUCGGACAAUACUUUGGAAAACAUAAAUCUCCAUCUGAACGAGGGUAAACUGUACGCAGUAAUUGGUGUCGUAGGUUCGGGAAAGAGUUCGUUACUUUCUUCUGUUCUGGGCGAACUCAAUAUUAUCAAGGGAGACAUCAAGAUCCAAGGUAGGGUGAGCUACGUCAGUCAGGAUGCUUGGGUCUUUGGCUCGAGUGUGCGUCAAAACAUCCUCUUUGGCCAAGAAUUCGAUAGACAAAGGUAUCAACGGGUAGUGAAGGCCUGCUCACUGUACAAAGAUUUCGCACAGUUUCCGGAAGGUGAUCAUACAAUUGUAGGCGAGAGGGGGAGUUCGUUGUCUGGGGGACAGAAAGCCAGAGUGAACUUAGCUAGAGCCAUCUACAGACAAGCCGAUAUUUACUUGCUGGAUGACCCCCUAAGUGCGGUCGACGCGCACGUGGGAAAACACUUGUUCGAAGAGUGUAUAAGACGAUAUCUGCGAGGUAAAACUCGAAUUUUAGCAACGCAUCAGCUUCAAUUCGUAAAAGACGUGGAUGGUAUUAUUCUAGUGGAGCAAGGCAAAAUUAAGUAUUACAACGAUUACCACAAACUACUAGAGGCGUAUCCUGAAUAUCGUAGUUUGAUUGCCACUGAUAAGGAAGAUAACUCAGUCGAAGAUGAUUCUAUUGCAAAGACUGAGCUGAGAAGACGAUUUUCGUCAACGGGCAGUAAAUCACGGGUAUCAGAGAGUGGAGAUGUUGACAUUGCUGACGAGAAUGACGACUUGAGAAAUUUAGAGGAUGUAAUGGAAGCUACAUCAAAAGGUGCUGUGAAAGGAAACGUUUUUUUACAGUAUUUUCAAUCAGGUUCCAAUAUAUGCAUGAUGUUUGUUAUGAUUAUACUGUUUCUUCUGACCCAGCUUUUUGUCAGUUUGAACGACUUAGCAGUUCCUACGAUUGUCAAUGCAGAAGAGUUGCGAGCCUUUAAUAAAUUAAAAAAUGACAGUAGUAACGCAGAAAACGAUACCACUAUCGAGAUGACCGAAGAUGAGCUUUACCCUGUGGAGUACUACAUUUAUCUCUAUACAUUUAUAGUCGUAUCAAUUUUCGUAUUUGGCUUGACACGUUCGUUUUUAUACUUCAAACUCUGCCUUCAAAGUAGCGAGCGUUUGCACAACUCAGCUUUUGCAGCCAUCAUCCGAUCAAGUAUGCGUUUCUUUGAUACGAAUCCAAGUGGGCGAAUUCUCAAUCGAUUUUCGAAGGAUACAUCUGCAAUGGAUGAAUUGUUACCUAAAGCAAUGCUGGAUUCUAGUCAAGUUUUAUUAUUGAUGGGUGGUGCUCUGGUGCUCACCUGUUUGGUUAAUCCAAUAUUUUUGGUUCCUGCUGUAUUCAUUGGAGUUGUGAGCUACUGGAUAAGAAAGGUGUACCUCAAGACUAGCAAAAAUAUCAAACGUCUCGAGGGCAUGACUCGAUCGCCAGUAUUCACUCAUCUGAAUGCUACUUUAAAUGGAAUAUCGACAAUUAGAGCUUACGGAGCUCAGAAUAUUCUUAAAUUAGAGUUUGACAAGUUCCAAGACGUCCACACAUCAACGUGGUAUAUCUACACAGCGUGCAGUCUUGCCUAUGCCUUUGCCUUGGAUUUAUUUACCUUUAGCUUCAUAACUCUCAUUACCUUUACUUUUUUAAUUUUUCGAGAUCAAUUUAAUGGUGGAUCUGUGGGACUUGCUAUUACGCAAAUGAUGUCGAUAACUGGUCUAGUACAAUGGGGAAUGCGACAAAGUGCUGAGGUAACGAAUCAAAUGAUGUCUGUCGAAAGAAUCUUGGAGUACACGCAGAUACCCCCGGAAACGAAUUUGCCGGAUGCCGACAAUACUACCAAAGGAAAAAAAAUAAAAACAAAGAACCAAAAAACCUUGAUGGUACAACUUUUCGUACCACCUAAAGACUGGCCCCAUGAUGGCGCCGUCGAAUUCAAGAAUGUCUUCAUGAGAUACGCUGACAAUGAGCCACCCGUACUCAAAGACUUAGAUUUCCACAUCAACCCAUCGGAAAAGGUGGGAAUCGUGGGAAGGACCGGAGCUGGUAAAUCAUCGCUGAUCUCGGCAAUGUUCAGACUAGCUCCAUUAGAAGGUACAAUAGAGAUUGACGGAGUUGAUACGGGAACGAUAUCGCUGGAGGACUUGCGGAGUCGGGUGUCGAUAAUUCCUCAGGACCCCGUACUUUUCUCCGGCACAUUGCGUCGCAAUUUGGAUCCCUUCGAAGAGUAUCCUGACACGGCUCUAUGGGAGGCUCUAGACGAGGUCGAACUCAAGGACGCGAUAACGGCAUCUGGAAAUGGCCUAAACUGCCGAGUACUCGAAGGAGGCAGCAACUUUAGCGUCGGCCAGCGUCAAUUGGUCUGCUUGGCAAGAGCCAUUUUGAGGAAUAAUCGCGUGCUGAUGUUGGACGAAGCCACUGCCAACGUUGAUCCACAGACGGAUGCUUUGAUCCAAAGUACAAUUAGGACAAAAUUUGCUUCGUGUACUGUUUUAACGGUGGCGCAUAGAAUAAAUACAAUAAUUGACAGUGACAAGGUCAUAGUAAUGGACAAAGGCCAAUUAGUUGAAUUCGAUCAUCCGUACUUACUGCUGCAAAAAGAAAGUGGUCAAUUCACGUCGCUUCUGAAGGAAGCUGGAGAUGCUAUGUACCAACAGUUAUACGAGCUAGCCGAACAGUGUUACAAAGAAAAAUCUGUCAAUUUCAGUUAACUGUGAUGAAUUUAAGAUUUUGUUUGAAUUAAAAAGAUUUUCUUUUAUUUAAAAGUGAUUUGUGUCAUAUUACGCGUUCAAAGAAUGACUUUGAGGAAAACGUUAGUGAUCACUACUUUUUUUAAGUAUUGUGCAUAAAGAAAGGAUAUUUAUAUUUUUAUAAAUUUUGUAAAUUAAU